AUGGCUGCUUCAAAAGACUUAUUGCGCAAUUGCUGUCUACCAGCGAAAACACUCGUUGUGAAAUUCUCAACUAAUUCAAUGGCCGACAACGUGUUUGAAAAAGACAACCACUUGACUCGCAACAAUUCCGAAAAGUUGUACUUGGAUGCGAAAACGGCUGAUGUGAAAUUUGUGUUUGGCAAAGGCACUGACCACGUUGAAACUGUUCCUGCUCAUAAGAAUAUCCUGUCGGUCAGCAGCCCAGUGUUUGAUAAGAUGUUCUAUGGUUCACUGCCCGAACAAGGUGACGUCCCAAUCGUUGAUGCAUAUGCUGCAGCGUUCAAGGAAUUCCUGCAAUUCUUCUAUUUGGCUAAAGUUCGACUCACGUCCGAGCACAUCAUUGAUGUGUCGAAUUUGUGCAAGAAGUACGAGCUAGUGGAAGGGCUGGCUAUCUGUGAAGAGCCAUUGCAAAAGUCAUCCACCAACAACGAGAUGUGUUCCGGCUAUGCGUUGGCCAUGCUGCCUGAGAUACCGAACACGAUACAGUUCUGCGAGCAAAAAAUCAAAUCGAACGCGGAAGCAAUUUUGAAAUCGACCAGUUUUUUGGAAUGCAAUCGCGAACUGCUCGACAAAGUCAUUCAGUUGGUGACUCCGAAGUGCAGUGCAUCGGCUUUUGUUGAUGCAUGCAUGGCCUGGGCCAAGGCCGAAUGCGGACGUGAUAAUCU